GGUGAGGGUGUCCUGGCACGCGCGCGCAGCUCCUCCUCUCUCCGCUCGCGUCCUGCUGGCAGAUCUGCUCUGGUUCUCCGCGCUGUUCUUUAUCUCCGAGCAGCUCCGACUGGGAAGCUCCGUGAGCCGCGUUCAAACUGCUGAUAGAUACCUGAAGUGGAUUUGUGCCAUUUUAGCUAAAAGAGGUUGUCUUCAAUCAACAGAACGAGAAGACCGACUUCGAACAAACACCUAUCAUGAACUGGGCAUUCCUCCAGGGCCUCCUCAGCGGGGUGAACAAAUACUCCACAGCCUUCGGCAGAGUGUGGCUCUCCAUUGUUUUCCUCUUCAGGGUCAUGGUGUUUGUGGUGGCCGCCGAGAAGGUGUGGGGAGACGAGCAGAGAGACUUCAAAUGCAACACGGCUCAGCCCGGCUGCCACAACGUCUGCUUCGACCACUUCUUCCCCGUGUCCCACGUGCGGCUGUGGGCCCUGCAGCUCAUCUUUGUCACCUGCCCCUCACUCUUGGUGGUGAUGCACGUGGCCUACAGGGAGGACAGGGAACGAAAGCACAGACUGAAGUACGGCGAGAACUGCCGCAGUCUUUACCAGAACACUGGCAAGAAGCGUGGGGGCCUGUGGUGGACCUACGUCCUCACGCUCAUCUUCAAAAUAGGAGUAGAUGCUACUUUCAUCUACCUUCUCUACUACAUCUACGAGGGCUACGACUUCCCCUCGCUCAUCAAGUGCAGAGAGGACCCUUGUCCCAACACGGUGGACUGCUUUAUCGCUCGUCCCACUGAGAAAAGGAUCUUCACCAUCUUCAUGGUGGUUACCAGUUUCAUCUGCAUUAUCCUUUCCUUCUUUGAAAUCAUCUACCUGAUCGGCAAACGCUGUCACGAGUGUCUCUCAUCAAAACAUCACUCUCGCUCUGUGGUGACCAACGCAAUGUCCAGUGGAAGCAACCUGAUGGAGCCAAACACUCUAAAACUGAUGGGCAAAAGCACCCCUGAAACACCGGCACCCUCAUACAGCGUGGCUGUUUCAUGAUCCAGGACCACAAAGACUCUUUGGAAGAACAAAGCUGACAUGAACAAACUGUCCCUUUUUUUUUUUGUUAACUUAAUAUUUUUAAG